AUGAGCGAAGCACUGCGCCCCUGGCGAAGCAGGAUGAAAGCUAGACUCGAACUCAUGCAGUUCAGAUGCACCCGGAAGUCAUUCAAUUGGGUCAAAUCAAUGCGUGGAGUGUUGGAAAAUAGAUCAUGCUCCAAGACAGCCCAAAAUGCAAUUACGCCUCCGGCCUUCAUGAAGGGGUGCCUCUAUUUGGGGAAGGGAUACCUUUACGGUAGCCUCUCAAAUCAUUUCUCGCCAACAAGCAACAUAAUAAUCACGUCGAAUUCUGGAAAAGAUGAAACAGUCACUUGGUGGGAUUGGACUACUGGAAAAGCUGUCAAGACAAUUGAGCCUGUCCAACAAGGACCAACAAUGAGAUCAAAGUCUGGGACACCAGGAGACUUGCUCAAGGUUCUCGAAGGCCACACAGGUGCUACAGAGAGAUUUGCCUUCUCGAAAAACGGUUCACUUCUGGCCUCUUCCUCUUUGAUAAAACAAUCCGUCUUUGGGACAUUUCAGCCCAUCUAUCGUGCUUGUCUUCUUUGGGAUCUCCACGUGAAUUAUAUAUCAAUGGAGGUCACCAAGUCCUACAUGCGGGUGUUCUUUUCGCCGGAUGGGAAGCUUCUGGCUGCUGCGGCCCACAGCCUCGUUGGAUUGAAAGAAAACUAUCCCGAAGCCGGUCUUUCAUCGGAGUCAGUCAAAGGAGUCAUUUUAAUUUGGAAUCUAUCAAAGGGCGAGCUCUCCAUGAGUCAAGGUACCCAAGUCAACUCAUUUGGAAGCCUAUCUUUUGCCCAGGCCCAUUGCUUUCUCCCCGGAUGGCAAACUGCCGGCUUGCGGCCAACAGCGAUCACGGCGAUACGGAGCCCUGGGAAGCUCGGGCAGGUAAAUUUAUUGGCCGACGCCAAAUCCCAGCUGAUCGGCGGUCUCUACGCUUCUUCCGAUGGCACAGUAAUAGAGACGAGCAUGGGUAGGUUUGAUAUUAGGUCCUUUUAUCCUGGACGAGAAUUCACCUCCCAUCUAGAUUUUGCAGCGGAAGAGAAUUGGAUCCUGGCUUGUAACGAAAAGAUUCUGCUACUACAUGACUCCCACGUUACAUGUGCUACAGCUAUAGGUGAUCUUCUAAUCAUGGUGCAUAAACCAGGCCGGGUGUCCUUUCUCCAAGUCAUAUCCUCUGAAGGUCUGAUGCAGAAUGAAGUCACGGAGGACUGCCUACCUGAAUCCAGCUAUUCGGGCUUGGCGAUUCUCAGGUCAUGUUAUGCUUUAACGCCAUCCUUAUAUAUACCCAUCGAUCAGAUCCAUGGGAAUCUGCUCAAGUACGCAUUUCCGCCUGUUCCUUAUUUUACAGUGUGGUCUCACAAUGCGCGGAAUUUCCCGGUUUCCUAA